CUAUCAUCUAUCUGUCUAUCUAUCUAUCUAUCUAUAUAUGUAUGUAUGAGGGUUCAGUAAUUGUACUAGUGUUUCGUAUGGUCUGUCUAGGUCCUAAAGAGUUAUGAUCAAAGAUGUGUCGCUAGGUAUACACUGCUAAGUGUGCCCUUUAUUUUCGAUAAUAGGCUGUGAUUUAAGAAAAAUGUGGCUGCUAUUUCUAGUGAUCACAUAACGCUUUAGUUUUGUAGAUAAGAACAUUACGAAGACAAUUUAUAUUGAAAUACUCUAGAUAAAACAGCUUUAAUUGGUGACUAACAUUACUUGUUUCAUCGGUAAAUACAGUAAGGCUGCUUCGGCUGGGUUUCAUGCUUUUUUAAAUCAUACUUCGCGAAGUGUAGCCUCUCUGUAAUUUUACCUAAGCGGUAGCUAAGAAAUCGAUAUUUAAUAACAAAUGUUGGUAUGGAAGAAGAGAAACACUGAAAGAUUAAAUUUGUGUUGGACUUUAUGCUCUGACAUUUAAAGUGUAAUUCGACAGUCAUUACCAACUAUUUCUCAAAGAAACAUUCAACACUGCUACAGGAGAGAAUCUUCAUUUGCAAUGCAGAAACAGUGGAAAAUACUUAUUUUCGUUGUUAUUUCCUUGAAAUGUUGUGUCACAGCACCUAUUGACAUAUAUGAAGAAAUUAGCAAAUAUAAAGAUGUUGCUGACAAAAUUAUUCAAUAUGCCGUCUAUGGUGCUGCCCAAAAUCAGUCUUACAACCGACUGGCUAAAUUCACUGAUAUGUUUGGAAAUAGAGUAGCAGGGUCUCAAAAUCUUGAGAAUUCAAUUGAUUACAUUCUUCAUAGUAUGAUGUCUGAAGGAUUAGAAAAUGUCCAUGGAGAACACGUAAAGGUACCACGUUGGGUGCGUGGCAAGGAAUCUGCUACUAUGCUGGAACCACAAUAUCACGAAAUGGCCAUUUUGGGGUUGGGUAGCAGUAUAGCUACUCCUAAGAAUGGCAUCAAGGCAGAAGUACUUGUUGUCAACAGUUUUGAAGAAUUAAGAAAGAAAGCACAAAUGGCUGAAGGUAAAAUUGUUGUUUUCAACCAAAAAUGGAUAAGUUAUGGAGAAACAGUUCAAUAUCGGACCCAAGGGGCAAGUGAAGCAGCCAAAGUUGGAGCUUUAGCCUGUCUUAUCAGAAGUGUUACACCUUUUUCAAUCUAUAGUCCUCACACAGGACAUCAGUAUUAUAGUGAAGGUGUCCGUAAAAUUCCUACAGCAUGUAUAACUGUUGAAGAUGCUGAGAUGAUGGAGCGUAUGUCUAAACGAGGAAGUAAAAUUGUUGUAGUCUUGAAGAUGUCUGCUCAAACACUUAACUCUACUGAUUCCAGAAAUAUUGUUGCUGAAGUUGUAGGUCACAAGUACCCUGAACAGACUGUUUUAGUGAGUGGCCAUAUUGACAGCUGGGAUGUUGGUCAAGGAGCCAUGGAUGAUGGGGGAGGUGCCUUUAUUUCCUGGCAGGCUAUAACAAUUCUCCAUGAAUUGGGUCUGCGGCCUAAAAGGACUGUUCGAGCUGUUUUAUGGACUGCUGAGGAGGAAGGUUAUGUUGGCUCAAGCCAGUAUUUCGAGAGACACAAGAAUAGCGUCAGAAAUUAUAGUUUAGUGAUGGAAUCAGAUGAAGGCACGUUUACACCAGAAGGGUUAUAUUUUACAGGAAGCAAAGAAGCUGGAAUGAUAAUGAAAGAAGUACUCCUUUUACUGAAGCCAAUUAAUGCCAGCCGGCUAGUCAGCAGCAAAGUCUCUGGAGAUAUUAGCUUCUGGGUGAAUGAAAAGGUUCCUGGAGCUACUUUGAUGAACAAAAAUGGAAAAUACUUCUAUUUUCAUCAUACAAAUGCGGAUACAAUUACUGUACAAGAUCCUCAUCAAAUGAACUUGUGUGCUGCAGUAUGGGCUGUAGUGGCUUAUGUUGUUGCUGACCUUCAGAACUUGCUGCCUUUAUAAAUGGAAUAUAUUCUUUUCACUCUUUGAUAAUGAUUUCCUGACAUUAAUAAAAAAAAAAUAAUAAAACUUAAAAGUGAUUCUCUCCCCUAAAUAAUAGGCUCUCCUCUUAAGUAACAAUUCCCAAUAUUUCCACUAUAUCUUAAAAUCUUUUAACUGAAAGCUCAACAGAUUUUAUUAUCGAUUGUUUACGUCUUUCUCUUUUAAUUUUUCUCUCAUCUUUAUUCCAUUUUUUCUCAUUAAAUUCACCAAUGUUUAUCGCAUCCUUGAUUUUAGGAAGAUCUCCAAAGACUACCUACUCUGUGACUUGGUUUAUAUCAAAAAACUUUUGCUGGUUACUUGUAUUAAAAAUGUUAUCCUUACC